GAAAGCUUGUCUAAAUUAAAUGCCCUGCGAUUUGAAUUAACAACCAAUAAAAUGUGACAAAUUUGCAACUGGGGUCCACCGUCCACAGCCUUGACAAUAAAAUGUGGCAAAAUUGUUUGUUUUUCUCAAAAUAAAAUCAAAAUAAGCAAAACCCUUUAAACCCUUGUCUCUCUCCCUGGCCUUCUCUCUCGACCAAAGUAGAUGUUAGCUAUUUCAAGAAUGAAGGCCCUCAUCUCCGCCACAACGUUCUCAACCUACUCCGUUCCUCACAUCUCCAAGACCACACCUUUGGCCCUCUCAUCUUUAGCCUCUAAGUCCUUUUCAUUCAACCCACCAACCCUUUUCCAGAACCCCAAUCUUCUCCUCCCAAAUCCCAAUCUUUUUGUGCCGAAAACCUGCAUUUCUUCAGUUCAGAACCGAUGUAUGCAAAUGGAGACGGCUUCUCGCCAACGGUCCGGUGAGAUUCACGUGAUCGUCGGCCCAAUGUUCGCCGGCAAGACCACGACGCUUCUUCGUAAAGUUCAAUCCGAGAGAGGCGAUGGCAGCUUUCAGGUCAAGCCCCAAAAGCACAUCCCAGUGGAUAAAACACUGAAGGGACUCUGCUAUUCAGGAAGAUUGGCCGAAGCCAUUGGGCUAUUGUGCCAUACAGGGUUAGAGGUAGACCCAGACACCUAUGCUCUUCUAUUGCAAGAAUGUAUAUUUAGGAAAGAGUAUAAGAAGGGGAAAAUAAUUCAUGCACAAAUGAUCGUUGUGGGGUUUGUUCUCAAUGAAUAUUUGAAGACCAAGUUGUUGAUCUUGUAUGCAAAAUCAGGAAAUUUAGGAACUGCCCACAUUUUGCUUGAUAAGUUGCUUGAGAAAAGCUUGGUUUCAUGGAAUGCAAUAAUUGCAGGGUAUGUGCAAAAGGGACUGGAAGAUGUGGGAUUGAGUCUUUAUUACAAGAUGAGACAUGGUGGUUUGAUCCCAGACCAAUAUACCUUUGCAUCAGUGUUCAGGGCGUGUGCCUCUUUAGCAACACUGGAGCAUGGGAAGCAAGCCCAUGGUGUCAUGAUAAAGUGCCAAAUUGGAGAAAAUGUUGUAGUCAAUAGUGCCCUCAUGGAUAUGUACUUCAAAUGUAGUGAUUUAUGUGAUGGGCAAAGGGUAUUUGAUACAUGUCAAAAUAGGAAUGCCAUUACCUGGACUGCUUUGAUAUCUGGUUAUGGUCAGCAUGGAAGAGUUGUAGAGGUCUUAGAUUUUUUUCAUAGCAUGAAGAGUGAAGGUUUCAGACCAAAUUAUGUUACUUUUAUCUCAGUUCUUUCUGCUUGUAGUCAUGGAGGUUUAGUUGAUGAGGCUUGGGAAUAUUUUUCUUCAAUGACAAGAGAUUAUGGAAUUCACCCAAGAGCACAGCAUUAUGCUGCCUUGGUUGACCUUUUAGGACGUGCUGGGCAGUUAGAAGAGGCCUAUGAGUUUGUUUCGAACUCACCUUGUAAGGAGCACUCAGUGAUGUGGGGUGCUUUUCUUUGGGCUUGUAGAAUUCAUGGAGACAGAGACUUGUUAAAGCUUGCAGCAAAGAAAUACUUCGAAUUGGAACCAGAAAAUGCUGGAAAGUAUGUAGUCUUGUCUAAUGCUUAUGCCACUUUUGGGUUGUGGGACAAUGUUGCUAAGCUUAGGUCUAUGAUGACGGAUUCAGGGAUGAGAAAGGAGCCUGCUUAUAGCAAAGUAGAGGUUCAAAAAGAGGUCCACUUCUUUCUUAAGGGUGAUACAUAUCACAAACAAUCCAAGGAGAUUUAUGAGAUGGUUAAAUUGGUUGAUUGCUCUCUAAAGGAUUCAGGUUAUGUUCCUCAUUUAAGUGGAAGCUCAUUUAUGUAAUGGAAAAGUGCUUAUUUCCUAGGAAUGUCUCUCUUUUGCCUGUCUUGUAAAGAACUCGAUACAUAAGUGCUUCAUGCUUGAGAUGUCUACUUUGGUCUUGUCUGAAAAACCAAUUAAACAUGCAGUGAUAUACUCACAGAAAGUUAACUAAUCAGUGUCAUAAGCGUGAUAGAAAUUGCAGUCUUUAGGAAGUUGAAAAGCAUGUAAGAGAGAAAAUUGUUUAUAUUCAGUUCAUGAGCCCUAUGCAUGCCAGAAGCUUGCAAGUGUUUUUUCCUUUAGGUUCUUAGUGAGAAGAAGAAAGCCACACAAAUGUAGAUGAUACUUCAUAGAAUGUAUCAGCCAAGUGCUUAGUAAAUACUUUUCCAAAGCUUCAGCUUGAUAACUAGAAGUUGAGAGUUGAUGUUUAUAUACAGUGGUAAUACCCCUAGUACUGGACAUUAAUAACUAUCUCUAGGAUUGAUCUUUGCAAUGUUGGAGGACUCUCAUGAUU